ACGGACACAUUGACUCAGCUAGUGCAGCUGCAGCAGAAGCUGCUGUUUUAAACUUGGAAGUGCUGGGAGGUUAUUAUUAUAUUCAUAUAUGCAAAUUACAGAAGGUAUAAUUGAAACAAGGUUGAUAGUGUUUGUCAGUACGUUGCAGCUGAGGUUGCUGGAAUGUAAGUGCUUUAUAAAUGAAUGCUUUCUGACUGCGAGCAAUCAAAGACGGUCCAGAAACUGCACUUCAACAAAUGGCUGACUGAUUUCACGAGGUACAAUAUCUUUUUUUCUUAACACUACUAUCCUGUAGAAAUUAGGACAAAGCUUGCAACUUCUUUUAUGGGCUUUUACUGUUGUGAUGCACGAGCUCCAGGUUCUGUGCAGCUGCUUGUAGACUUUCUGCUGAACGAUCUUUGUGGUUUUAAUUUGCUAAUAUGCAUGGAAAUGAGAACAAAUGGCACGACGGUUAAGAUUGCAUUUUGCAACCCAAAGAAGAAACACAGAUCUGUUAUCAGAGACCUCUGAAGAUGUUUUGGAUAGUAACAAUCAAAUGUACUUCAAAAAGGCACAGAAUUCUGAACCUAAUGUCACACAAAUGAAGCUGGCUUCUAGGCAAGUUGCUUGUGCACCUGUAAUGCAGCAAGUAAUUAAUCAAGAGGGAAAUGCAACUAUUUCUUCACUGCAAAAAAAAAAGAGCACGUCACUGCACAUUUCUCUGCAGUCUAGAAGGUAUAAUGGAUGUUUUCGGUCUGGUGAUGCUGCAGCUACUGGCGAAGAUGCUUCAUUCAUCAGUAUUUGUAAUGAAGGGAAUUGUGGCAUUAGAACUGUGGUUGAUCAUCAAGCUAAUGAUAGCCAUCUGAGCAAUACUGCUGUGUGCAUCGGCAGUCUUAACAGUAUUGCAGCCAGUGACAAUGGGUCCUUCAGCAGUGCUGGCAGUGACUAUGGAUCAUGUGCAAGUACCACGAGUGAUGGAGGUUCGUAUAGUAACAGCGUCAUCAGUGACAGCGGCAGCGGCACUCUCUCGACAAGCGAUGGUUCUUUCUGUUGUAGUGUUGUACACAGUGAUUCUUCCUAUGGAAACACUGCAAACAAAUACAGUCCGUACAGAAACAAUUCAUCUCAGGAAGAAAUAGAAGUGUGUAGAAUUAAUGCUGCUUUUGACCAAGAAGCUUUGUCAGUGAGGAAGAAAACUAAAGUUCCGCUGCGGCGGUGUUCAUCGUUGGUAAUUUUCCCCAGAAGUCCUUCCAGUACUCCUCCAGCAUCUCCAGUAACCUCAGGUCAGAUGCCACAUAGAGGUGCCUAUCAAACAUCACAUAAACUGAUUAUUUCUCCCAGUGAGCUGGCACAUAAGGAAGAUCAAAUUGUUUCCAAGGGAUUUCUUUCAACAGCAGUCAAUGGACUUCGACUGUCUAAAACAGGUUGUGCAUCUGGUGAAGCUAGAGACAUAAGACCGCUCUACUUGCAUACAUCAUUGCAGGACAAAAGUCAAAUUUUGAACAGUUCUGAGCAGGCAGCUCAUGAGAGCCUCUCAUGUAUUUCAGUUCAUCUGACUCCAAGAGCAUUUGCAUCAAGCAGUGAAAUGGUUAAUGGCUGUUGCAGUCAAGAGUUAAAUCUGAACUCCAGUGCAAAAUACCCUCCUUUAAAACUGACACGCAGCACAUCUGCAUGUUUACCCUCAAAAAUAGAUUCAGAAUACCAGAUGAAUAUAAACGAACUGGAAAGACCGAAUGCACAGAUGAGCAGAGCCCACCAUGUUUUGCAAAGAAGUGUUUCAUUGGAAGGAUCGCGUCAGAAAGUUUCUUGCUGUUUAUCCAGUCUUAAAUACAAGUGUCAUAAUGCAAGGACGUCUCAGUUGCACAUACAGUUCAAACCUGGGAACGAAGGAAAAACAAGUGGUGUUAAGAAAAGAUAUGGAACCUCUAAAAGGGAAAUAUCUAACACUUCUUUGUGGAGGCCCCAUAAGACUCGAGAUGAUUUUCUUGGGCAAGUGGAUAUUCCCCUUUAUCAGUUACCGACAGAACAUCCAAGUAUGGAGAGACCAUAUACCUUUAGGGAUUUUGUUCUUCAUCCAAGAAGCCAUAAAUCAAGAGUUAAAGGUCACCUUAGAUUAAAGAUGACUUACUUACCUAAAAGCAAUGGAUCUGAAGAAGAAACCACAGAACAGGCCGAGGAAUUGGAGCCUGGGUGGAUUUUAUUGGACCAACCGGAUGCUUCUAACCAGCCACAACAGCAGCAGCAGGAAUCUCCUCCACUGCCUUCAGGCUGGGAAGAAAGACAGGACAUCCUUGGCAGGACCUAUUAUGUCAAUCAUGAAUUCAGAAGAACACAGUGGAAAAGACCAACUGCACAGGACAAUGUAGCUGUAGCAGAUAUUGGUAACAUGCAGUUGGAGGCCCAGCAUGCGUUCACUCAUCGGCGGCAGAUAUCAGAGGAUACAGAAAACCUGGACAGCAGGGAUUCUCCUGAGAGCUGGGAAAUUAUAACUGAAGAUGAGGCAACAUUGUAUAGCAAUGAGAACCCUCAAAUACCUCUACCACAGAACAGUUCUGAUAUACAGACUCAUCUUGCAGAAGAGCUGAAUACCAGACUUACUACCUCUGGAAGUUCAGCUACUGGCCAGUCAGCAGCCUACACUAACCAUUCCAGCAGAAGAGGUAGUCUGCAGACAUACAGACUUGAAGAGCAGCCUGCACAUCCAGUGUUACUGCCUACUUCAUCUGGAUUACCGCCAGGCUGGGAAGAAAGACAAGAUGAAAAAGGGAGGUCAUAUUACAUAGAUCACAAUUCCAGAACUACGACUUGGAUAAAACCAGUUGUACAGAUUGCUAUGGAAGCAGGUCAGUUGCCAGCUGCACAAAAUACUUCUAUAGCAAGACAGCCACAAGCAACAUCAGGUGAUUCAUCACAACAGUCUUCUAAUCAGCAGCCUGAAAUGGAGCAAGGAUUUCUCCCUAAAGGCUGGGAAGUUCGACAUGCACCUAAUGGGAGACCAUUCUUUAUUGACCACAAUACUAAAACUACAACAUGGGAAGAUCCAAGACUGAAAAUUCCUGCUCAUCUGAGGAGAAAGACUUCCCUAGAUCCAGUAGAUCUAGGACCAUUACCACCAGGGUGGGAAGAGAGAACACACACAGACGGAAGAAUAUUCUUCAUAAACCACAAUACCAAGAAAACACAAUGGGAGGAUCCUCGACUGCAGAACGUGGCAAUAACCGGACCAGCUGUGCCUUACUCCAGGGACUAUAAGCGGAAGUACGAGUUCUUCAGAAAGAAACUGAAGAAACAGAGUGAUAUUCCAAACAGAUUUGAAAUGAAAAUUCAUCGCACAACAAUCCUUGAAGAUUCUUACAGAAGAAUUAUAGCUGUGAAGAGAGCAGAUUUCCUUAAAGCAAGACUUUGGAUUGAAUUUGAUGGUGAAAAAGGUUUAGACUAUGGAGGAGUGGCCAGGGAAUGGUUCUUCCUUCUCUCUAAGGAGAUGUUUAAUCCUUACUAUGGAUUGUUCGAAUAUUCAGCUACAGAUAACUAUACUCUGCAGAUCAACCCAAACUCUGGACUGUGCAAUGAAGAUCAUCUCUCUUAUUUCAAGUUUAUAGGUCGAGUAGCUGGAAUGGCUGUUUACCACGGCAAACUUUUGGAUGCAUUUUUCAUUCGUCCUUUCUACAAGAUGAUGCUCCAGAAGCCGAUAACACUUCAUGAUAUGGAGUCUGUGGAUAGUGAAUAUUAUAAUUCUCUGAGAUGGAUUCUUGAAAAUGAUCCAGCGGAACUGGACCUCAGAUUUAUAGUUGAUGAAGAACUUUUUGGGCAGACUCAUCAGCACGAACUGAAAAGUGGUGGAUCAGAAAUAGUUGUCACCAACAAAAACAAGAGAGACUACAUUCAUCUUGUAAUUCAGUGGAGAUUUGUGAGCAGAGUACAGAAACAAAUGGCAGCCUUUAAAGAGGGCUUUUUUGAACUAAUACCUCAGGAUCUGAUUAAAAUUUUUGAUGAAAAUGAGCUGGAGUUACUGAUGUGUGGACUGGGAGAUGUGGAUGUAGCUGAUUGGAAACUACAUACAAAAUACAAAAAUGGCUACAGUGUGAAUCAUCAAGUAAUACAGUGGUUUUGGAAGGCAGUCUUAAUGAUGGACUCUGAAAAGAGAAUAAGAUUACUACAGUUUGUUACUGGCACAUCACGUGUACCUAUGAAUGGGUUUGCUGAGCUUUAUGGUUCAAAUGGACCACAGUUGUUUACAGUUGAACAGUGGGGUACCCCUGAAAAACUGCCGAGAGCUCAUACCUGCUUUAAUCGCUUGGAUUUGCCCCCGUAUGAUUCAUUUGAAGAUUUAUGGGAUAAACUUCUUCUAGCGAUUGAAAAUACUCAGGGCUUUGAUGGGGUUGAUUGAGCCACAGACAUAAAUUGUGAUGGUCCAGUGCUGCAACUUCAUUUCAAGGGUUUACAGAUUUGAAUUUUCCAGGGACUACCAUUUUACUUAGUCACAUGAGUAUUCAAUCUUCAUAGUAUCACUUGUAAAAUGAGUAUUAAAUAUUCACUAGCUUUUGAAAACGUAUUUUGCCAUUUCCACAGUUUUGUAUACUUUGAUAAUGACUACAAUACAUACAUUGGAUGGGCCAGUGCCAAGUAAGUCAACAGCUAAAAUGUUUUUAAGCAGUUGCUUCUUCUUACAGUAUUUGACAGACUGUCCUGCAGUAAACUACUGAAGUAAAGCUGUGAAGAAAUCUUUGCAGAGGAUGUAAAUUUGAAUUGCUGCUUUGAGAGAAACGACUGAAAUUGUUAGUGAGUUAAACAUAUUACUUCAUGUAAUGCAAUAUCAUCUGUGCUGCUUCAGGCUAUUUGCUACAGACCUGCCCAAAGCACCUUAUAAUUCAGCAUAUUAGGUAAAACAUUGCAGAACAUUUGUUGGCGUUAUCAGCUAUCAGUUUGCAGAACGUUGACUUGCUUACAGGUUUUUUUACUUUAUAAUUUCUGUUUCUAACUUGCUUUUGUUAAGACAGUGUAACAAAAUUGGGACUUUUUAUAAGACACAAGCAGCAUAAUUCUGAAUAGUAAUGAGAAAUUAUAUCCCUUUUUUUGUCAGAAUUUGUAUACUGUUGUUGGUUUAUUGAGUGUUCACUUUUUUUGAUAAAUUUGUAGUUCAACAAUGGAUAAUGUUUUCAAUUCAGCCUUUUUGCAACAAAUUAAUCUUAAAGUAAAAUUUGUAUGAGUAUCACAGAGUAUUAGUUACUGGUAGUUAGAGGCCUUUAUUAUCCAUUCUUGCAGUAUUGCACUACAUAACAAUAAAGAACAUGUUUACAGGGUUUUCUGGGCCAAGUUCAGCAGUCUGAUGUGUGCAAACUUCUCAGAAACAUAUGGGAGUUUUGCACAUGUAACCAGGGGCAGAAUUUGGUUCUUUAAUAUGUUUACAGGUUAUGCUAAUUUCUAUAGCUGCAUUUUUAUAUUUUUUCUCCACUGUUAGUCUAGAAACCAAAUUUGUUAAUACAGUAUAACCAAAGUCAUAACCAACAAUGUGCAAUUUAUUGUAGAUCAACCUGUCGUAUAAAUAUUAGUUUGAUUUCUUUUGUAAAUGUGGGUAUUAUUUUGUAUUAAUGCCUUUUUUGUUUGGUUUUUUUUUUGUUUGGUUUUUUUUGAGCAAGUGCUGGUUAAAAUGCUUAGUCAGCUUGAUGAGAAAAGAAAAAAAAAUGGAUCGAUAUACCCAGCUUGCUGUAAUUUCAACUUUCUGUUACCAAUAUGAUCAGAGGAAAUGACAGCAUCUAGCUUCGGCUAGCAAGUUUCUGUUUAGUCAGUCUUCAGAAAUAUGCAAGAAGGUAUUGUAGCACAUCUCUCUAUGAAGAUAUGUAAAUUAUGUAACUUGUAAUGGGUCUUAAGGGAUAUUUAAAAUCCCAGUUUGUUUUAUUCUUUGACUAGGUUGCUAGGGCUGAGAAUACUACAUGUAAAUAAAGGUAAUUUAUACAGAUUUCCCAAAUCUAUAUGCAGUUUUGUAAAACACGAAUGAUAUAUCAGUAAAUCUGUAUAGAUUUGAAUGUAGCAGUAUUUGUUGCAUACUUAAAAGUAUAAAAUAAGGAUCCUGAAAGCAGUAAAUAAAAGUUUAUUCUGAUAA